AUGCACGCUGGCACUCCAACGACGCGAGCCGCAACCCCCGUGCAUUCGAAACAUCAGCCACUGUUGAUGCCAGCUAGAAAGAGAGCCUUGUCGCCCAUACCUCAAAGGCUGCAGCAACGCCCCUCAUUCGGUGUCGCCUCACCGAAACGAAACAUGUUGUUUCAACGAGUUAAAGCACAAGAUGAGGCGAGCGUAUCGCUUCCUGAUGAAACUAUUCGAGAGCUUCGCAAUACCCGAAGCCUAUUUCUAUGCUGCCGGAACCUUUUAUCGUUCGGUCACAUACAGUAUCUGGAGCACAUGACAAACCUUUCCUCACUGAAUGUUCACAUGAAUGCCAUCUCACGUUUGGAGUGUCUGUUUAAUCUGCGAAACCUCGCUGAGCUCGACGUUAGUGCGAAUGAAUUGCGUGACGUUGAUGAAGGUGCGUUUGUGGGCCUUUGUAAACUCAGGCGUCUCAAUCUUUCCAGCAACUUUCUCACUUCGCUGAGCGGUUUCAAGCACCUUCCCGCCCUAGAAUGGUUGUCCGUCAGCUUCAAUGAAUUGGAAGAUCUUGGAGAAGUGCAGCAGCUUCCGUGCCCACAGAAGUUAGUCUACCUCGACGUCUGCGGGAACAAAAUCCCCUCCGUUGCCAACCUAGUGAAACCACUGGGAAAGUGUUGCGACCUGGCGGAACUCCGUGUAGAGGUUCCACGAGCCGCUCUUCUUCUUCCCACGACGCCACCCCAACUGCAGCUACGGGAGAAUCCAUUCUGUGCAACUGAGUCAAAUUAUGUGGAGCGCAUUCUUGCAAAAUUCAAGAGACUGAAAGUACUAAACGGCGUGCCAUGCGGCUGUGAUCUCACUGAGGAUUUGCAUGUAUCAUCCUAUAGCGCUGCUGCGAGUGAAGGACCGUUAACCAAAGACAAUGGAAUUAGUGUACGCGAGUGCAAGUUACACCCAAUAACCGCUGCAGAUUCUCGCGAUACAGCGUCGAGGGGUGAGUUGCGCGAUGCAGGACACUGUCGGAAGGAGGUGGUAGGGGCUGCAGAUACCAGCGGUGUUGCUGGUAACGAAGUGAGAAACAGCAACGACUGCGAUGGUUCUGGAAGUUUUCUCAACGUCGUAGAGAUUACCUCUUCAUCAGAGGGCCUAACCUCCCCGGUGUGUGUCUCUCGGGGUGUUACCACCGACUUGUCGGUGCCCCCCCAUAGGGUUAUGCACCUUUCAAGUACGGAUGACGUUGCCGCGCAAAAGGUUCUGGAAGAUGAUAACGCACACCUCAAGUUGAGUCUUAGGAGGUUGCAGGAACAAUUGUCAUUGCGCAUGGCACUUGAGGAGGAUCUGCGUCGUAGUCUCGAGGAGGCUCGUCGCAACCAUGCGUCCCUAGUUGAAUCUUCCGAAGUUGAGUCCAAGCGGUUCGGUCGGCAAAUCGAUGCACUGAAGGAUGAAUUGUCGCGGCGUGCUCAAGAAUCCGGUGUGCUGGAGCGGCAGCACCGUGCCAACCUUGAGAAGCAAAUGAAGAACCACAAAGCCGCUAUGCGGGAGUUACGCCAACGAGAAGCUGUUCGGGCUGCCCAAGAUCUGGAGGAAAAGCUUUCGCAGGUCCACAAAGAGGCUGAUAAGCGGUCGGCUGAAUUACAGGAGAGAGUUGAUAGCACUCUCAAACAGAAUGAGUGGCUGCAAAAAAUGAACGUGCAGAUCGAGGAGCGUGUGAAACAGCUUCAGGCCGAGUUUCUGUUGUGUGAGCAAUCUGCCAAGCUUUGCGAAAAGCGUUACCUACUAAUGUUGGAAGAAUGUUCCUCUCGUCAUGCGGUUGAAGUGGCUGCGCUUAACGCACUUGUGUCUAGUGGUGCGGCAUACCUGCAUCUGUGGCAACACCACGGGCGAAUGCUGUUGGUGUCCCACAGCAACAACCAGCAGGAGUGGAAAGAAUAUACGAGUAAGCUGAAGAAGCACUACGAAGGGAUAGUCACGCAGCUUCAUGCCGCGCAGGCCGCACGAGGCACACGUUUCGACGUUGCUUGUGACCCUAUCGUAGUCAGCAACGAGAACCUUCGCAUGGACGAAGAAGUGCCCAAGCUACAGGAGGCCCUGUCCCUUGCACGUGAAUCUGAACAAUUGGUGUCCCGUGAGAAUGUACGGUUGCUUUCGUGUGUGGCGGCGAUGGAAAAAGAGUUGGCUGAUUCGGUAAAGUUGCUGCAGGAGCAUCAAGCGGCUGCCCGUUCCGCGCAAGAUGAGUUUACCCGGGAGCGUGAUAACCUUCUUCGCACACUACACAAUCUACGGGACACAAUUCGUAAGAAAGAUACAGCAUACGACGAGCUGGAAGCUGAAGCGGAAGCCAAGAUCGAUGAAAAGAGGGCCAUCAUCGCCAAACUGGAGGCUCGGCUUGAAGAAGCCAGGGAGUCGGCGGAAUGUCAGCGGGAGGAGGCGGCGAAACUUCUUCGUGUGGAGGAGGAGCUGCGGCGUGUCAAAGCUGAGUUCAGUGCAAUCGAAAAGGAUGCUUCACUACAAACUACUACCCAGCAGCCUCAGCUCAAGGAGUUGAUGGAUGCGCUCGACGACAGCAAGCGGAAACUGGCCACUUUGACUGCUCGUGAACAUCAACAGUCUGUGAAGCUCGCGCGUGCAGCGGAAGCCCUAAUGCUCGUUCGUAGGCAACUCGUACGGUUGGAUGAGGUAAACACUUCUUUAACCAAUGAACUUAGUGAACGUGAGGCUGCUUUGCGCGCAGCAACAACUGAAAAUAGACACCUUCAACAGCAGUUGCAAGAGAUACAGGAGACUGAGCGAGCCCGGCACCGAGCAGCUUUGCAAACCCUAUCCCAAUUGAUGGUGGGGGGUAUUGAAGGUGCAACAAGGGCCUAG